AAACGCCAUUGCUAUCGACGCUUGUGUGCGUGUAUGUGUGCGUGUAACUCGCUACGUCGAUGACAAUUUAUUUUAUCAUAGAAAAAAAACUUGAUGAGCUUGAUCGGGAACUUCAAGUCAAGUCACAAGACCUCACCAAAUCAAGUGUCAGUUUCCGAAAGUGCACUAAGUUUCGGCUGACUGCCUCGUGAAUAGCCAACUGUACAUCUUAUCUCGAAGGAAAAGUACUACGUCAGUUUGCAGCUGAGGCAAAGCCUCAUCAAAGUUUACUACAAAAUUCCGAGCCGAGCAAUGGGUCGUUAUAGAAGUCGUAGUCGUGACCGAGACCGGAGACGGAGAUCACGCUCUCGUUCCCGUAGUCGAUCAAGGGAUCGACGAGGAUGGGGUGGAGGUAGAGAUCGGGGACCCGUUGGUGGUGGUCGCAAUGGUAGAGGUCAACCUGGAGCAAACUUGAAGAAACCAAGAUGGGACUUGAGCAGAUUGGAACCAUUCAAGAAAGAUUUCUAUGAACCAUGUGAGGCAGUUAAAAACAGAGAUCCAAGAGUUGUAGAACAAUACAGAAGUGAUAAAGAAAUUACCUUAAGAGGUAAAAAUGUUCCCAAUCCAGUUUUAUAUUUUGAAGAAGCAGGUUUCCCAGAUUAUGUUAUGAGAGAGAUCAGACGGCAAAAUUUCAAAGAACCAACCUCGAUCCAAGCCCAGGGCUGGCCAAUAGCCUUGAGUGGUCGUGAUAUGGUUGGCAUUGCUCAAACUGGAUCUGGCAAAACUCUCUCAUAUAUAUUGCCAGCUAUUGUUCAUAUUAACAGUCAGCCAAAAUUAUGUCGCCGUGAUGGACCAAUUGCUCUAGUUUUAGCUCCUACUCGUGAGCUUGCUCAGCAAAUUCAGCAGGUUGCUGAUGACUUUGGUCAUUCUUCAGGUAUUCGUAAUACCUGCCUCUAUGGUGGAGCCCCAAAAGGAUCUCAAGCACGUGAUCUUGACAAUGGAGUUGAAAUUAUAAUUGCUACUCCUGGUCGACUUCUGGAUUUCUUAGAAUCUGGUAGAACAAAUUUGAGACGAUGCACUUACCUUGUAUUGGAUGAAGCUGACAGAAUGUUGGAUAUGGGUUUUGAACCUCAAAUACGAAAGAUCAUUGAGCAAAUCAGACCUGAUAGACAAACCCUUAUGUGGUCUGCUACUUGGCCUAAAGAAGUAAAAAAUCUUGCUGAAGAAUUUUUGAAAGAUUAUGCUCAAAUUAAUGUUGGUUCUCUACAAUUAUCUGCGAAUCAUAAUAUUCUGCAAAUUAUUGAUGUUUGCAGUGAAGCAGAAAAAGAAAUUAAGUUGAGUACUUUAUUGAAAGAAAUCAUGGCUGAAAAAGAAAAUAAAACAAUUGUUUUCAUCGAAACAAAGCGCAGGGUUGAUGAAAUCGCUCGAAAAAUGAAGCGUGAUGGUUGGCCGGCAGUUUGUAUCCACGGCGAUAAAAGUCAACAAGAGAGAGAUUGGGUUUUGCAAGACUUCCGAUCUGGCAAAGCUCCGAUACUAGUAGCUACAGACGUAGCAGCGCGAGGUUUAGAGGCACAUCGCGCGCAGGCCCAUGUCGACGUCGACGCCGGGUAAUGCAAAUGCCUCAAACCUCUCGCCUUGGCUCAACAUUAGCAGCAGCAGCAGCUGCAUACGAGCGUGUAGAGUCGUCGCUCACACGUGCAGGCAGUUAUCGCAGUGAAUCGCUGCUCUCUCGGCGACGACCGACCGAGCGGUCGAGCGUGCGAUAUUCAAAUCGGUGAGCUGUCCAAUUCACAGGUGGAUUUCGGGCGGAGAAGGAGUCAGAGAGAAAAAUAGAGCGAUAGAGGACGAGCGCAGGCAGGAUCCCGAAGACCUGGAGUCCUGAUCCGUCCACGCGCUAGCGUCUCUCACUGCAACUCACGCUCCGUCGCUGCGCUGCUCACUUAAUCUCAUGGUGUAUUUGCAUUGUCUGGGCGUCUAGGCGUCGUCAGUCGUCUGUGCGCUGAGGUGCCUUGGGCUGCGACCGAUCGGGCUGAGACGUGACUCGGCCGCACACACAUAACUACCUACUCUCACGCGCGUGGUGCCUCCUCGUCGAUCGUCCUGCUGCGUAGUCGUCGUCCUAGUCGGGACGCGCGCACAGCCUCUCCAGUAGGUGCAGUCAGCGAGCGAGAAGGGCGACACGUGUUUAAGACCGCCUCGAUAAUUAUCGCCGACUCCCCGUUGACGAAGACGUCGAUACGACGUCGACGACGAUGACACGGCGUCGACACGGCUCUGGCAGUUUUCGCUUGUGCGACGUACGCAACACAGCCACGCAGCGUGUUGCGAUAGCCCGCACACUUUAUUGCCGAGGCACAGAUUCAUGUACGAGCGGAGAGUGCAGCUCUCUACCGUCCUCCUCCUCCUCGUCGUCGUCCUCCAUCUUCCUUCUCUUCCUCGCGCGGCUCGUCGUCUGGAGGCGACGCAAUCGCCGAGAGAUCGAGACCGAGACCGAGAAAGAGAGAAGAGAUGUCGGGCGCAGGCAGGGCACGCAAGCGGCUCCCCCGAUCGCAGGUUGGCCGGCUGCAGUUCGCACACGCGAGACCUGAUAGUCUCGAUAAUUGCGUUUAUCGAUGGCUUGGCUCUCUAUGUGUGCCGUCCCCGAGACAGAGAGCGAGAGAUGACGAGCCAGGCCCGGGUGGCGCGAGACGCCCACUCCGCCCGGCCCACGCUCUCCUCGCCGACCACCGCAGAGAGUGCGCACAUUGUUCUGCGUGUG